AAGGCGCUAGACCAAAAGAAUACAACAUCAAAGAGAAACGCAUGCUAUUGGAGUGGCGCGAUUCCGUUGGUUGACAGGUUGAUAGAAGUAAAAGGGGCUGGCGGUCCCGGUAGAAGAAAUACAUGAUUGUAAACUAGAUGGCGGAUUCAACAUGCGGUUCCCUCUCUGAGCCCAAUUCCCACCCACCCAGGAUAAACGCAGGAAGAUCUUUUUCGUAUGCCAAGGGUUUGUUAGAGAUUCAUACUACGAACGGGGACAACGUAUAUGAGGUUUUGCAACGAGGCGGUAUGACCCACGUGGUUGCGGCCACUAACAUGAAACAGGAGUCCUCGUGCCUAUAUUCCAUCUUUGUCACCACCAUACAGGUUAAGAGGCAGACGAUGGCACCCGAGAUCGAUUGGCAGAGGGCACUGACGGGCCGGCAGGACUGUCGAGGAAGAUUGCGAGCUCGUGAGAGCCGAGAGCACGCCUCCGCAACAGCCGUCUUAGGAUGGACGUUCCAAAGGAUGAACGGACCGGAGUAGAGGUUCUCAUCCCCAUCCACAGCCCACCACCUGCCCAGGCACAA